CGCCGGCCGGCGCCCCUGGCCUGGUUCCGCGGCCUCCCCCGGGUUCGCACUGCGAGAGGAUGAAACAUGACUGAGGAUUCUCAGAGAAACUUUCGUUCAGUGUAUUAUGAGAAAGUGGGGUUUCGUGGAGUUGAAGAAAAGAAAUCAUUAGAAAUUCUCCUAAAAGAUGACCGUUUGGAUAUUGAGAAACUUUGUACUUUUAGUCAAAGAUUCCCUCUCCCAUCCAUGUACCGUGCAUUGGUGUGGAAGGUGCUUCUAGGAAUCCUGCCUCUACACCAUGAGUCCCAUGCCCAGGUGAUGAUGUAUCGCAAGGGGCAGUACUCGGAUGUCCUUCAUGCCCUGAAAGUCGUUCGCUUUGUCAAUGAUGCCACACCUCAGGUUGAAGUCUUUCUCCGCAUGUAUCAGCUGGAGUCUGGAAAGUUGCCUCGGAGUCCCUCCUUCCCACUGAAGCCAGAAGAUGAAGUAUUUCUUGCCAUUGCUAAGGCCAUGGAAGAGAUGGUGGAAGAUAGUGUCGACUGUUACUGGAUCAUCCGAUGCUUUGUGAACCAAUUGAAUAGCAAGUACCGGGACUCCUUACCCCAGCUGCCAAAGGCUUUUGAACAGUACUUGAAUCUGGAGGAUAGCCGGCUGCUGAGUCAUCUGAAGAUGUGUUCUGCAGUGUCCAGACUUCCUUAUGAUCUCUGGUUCAACAGGUGCUUCGCAGGGUGCUUGCCUGAAUCCAGUUUACAGAGGGUUUGGGAUAAAGUUGUAAGUGGAUCCUGUAAGAUCCUAGUUUUUGUAGCAGUGGAGAUUUUAUUAACCUUUAAAAUAAAAGUAAUGGCACUGAACAACUCAGAGAAGAUAACAAAGUUUCUGGAAAAUAUUCCCCAGGACAGCUCGGAUGCAAUUGUGAGCAAGGCCAUCGACUUAUGGCAUAAGCACUGUGGGACCCCGGUGCAUUCAGCCUGAACACUGUGGCCAGUCUGCCAGGCCCGCCCUAAACAGUUGGUUGUGGAGACACGAUCUGCUCAACUGACUGGAAACAGGGUUCUUGCUUUGUCAAAGUGUAAUUUCUUUUCCAGUAAAAUGAUUUAAUUACGAUACCUGGCAUUGCUGUGUUGUGGAGCAGUAUCCUUUGGUUACGCAGAGGCACAAAGUUCCACUCUGAAUACAAUUUAGAAGGGCUGUUGGAGUUACUAAAGUAGUUCGGUCUGGGUGGGUAGGUGCUUUAAUAAGCAGUGCAUGACCAUGCCCUGCCCUGCUCCUCUCUAAUUAGCACCAAGCUAGUGACUUGUUGAGGUCUAUUUCUGGAAUAAAGAAUAAUAACUUCCUUUUGUUGACAACUCAGAUUUGGCUUUUGUUGAUGCAGGGACUUGUUUAAGCUGACUGCUUUCUGAGGCUUUGUUUUGCUAAAUAGGUUUAAAUAAAAGACUUGCAUUUUUUUUUCUCUUUGUGCCAUUUGGAAGAAAACAGGUAUUGAACAAAAUAUGUCUAAAUGUGCCUACCAGAAGAGAGAAUACUUGUGGAUAUUUUGCUGGCCUCAUACUUUUUCCUGAUGGGUCAUUAAAUGUUGGGUGGGCUCCAGAGUGGGAGAAAUGGCAAGUUAAGGUUAGCAGCUCAUGACCCCAGGGCCGUGUUGUGCCACCCAGUGGUAGCUGGACAGCCGCAGGCUCUGAAGCUGGUGAAUGAGACGAAGCCCUGUAUUUAAGCGGUCAGACCUGCAGGAGCCUGAGUGGUGAGCUGGAUUCUCCACCCCACCCCACCCCCAAAAGAGGAGGGAGAUCAUGUAGUUAUGGAGUUAUAAAUCUGAGAGUCAGUCCCUCCCUAAUGUGUGAAAUCACCAUCAAGGAAGAGUUCAGAGCAACCUGAGUUGUUAACCACCCCGUCCUUCUGUAGAGUAUCAGAUCUAAGAGUCUUUAGGUUUUUAAAAUAACAACGAAGAAAUACACUCAGAAGAAACCUUCUUAAAGCAAACUGCUGCCUACAGUUAGUACUUUCCCUUUAUUCAUUGAUUGCCUCUGCCCUGAAGAACUUUCAAUCCAGUUAGGGAUUUAA